AUGCAGUUGCACAGUUGUGGUGAUGCUCCUCUCCGGAGUCGGACAUGCUUUCCCUGUGCUCUGCAUCUCCUCUUCAUUCCGUACGUCUUGUCCGGUGAACAUUGCUCUAACCCUCUCUCUUUCUUCAGCCUCUGUUCAAUCUGCCGUUUGGACUUCUCCCCGUUCAGUUGUAAUAAGAUCAUUGUCGGGUAUGCCAGGGAACUCUACACUGGAGGCCGAUUUGUGAUUAUAACUCUGCCGCCGAAGACAACGUAUCGUAAUCCAUGUGGUACAGCCUACUCGCUAAGCCCCUCAGGGCAUGUCGUAUUUAUUUGUCCUCCUCCUUUUCAUAUCAUCUUAUUUGCUGAUAUUUUCAGGGGGAGAGGAAUAUCAGAAAGAGUUGAGGUUCAUGCUCGACAAUUCAUCAAACUCCUUCUCAAGUUGAAGUGUAGCUUUUAACAUUGUCUGAGACUGCCUUACCAAUAUCGAUAUACAGUGGUGGUCAAAGCUCAGUGAACCCCGGCAGAAAAGUGUACCAAGUUAUGUCAUGUUUUGGAUAUUUACUUGUGAAGUCAGAUAUAAAACUCAUCUCUGCAACAUCCUAAGACCAUCCGGAGGGUGAAAAGUACAAAGAGCUUGCGUUUCCAACCCAAGGCAGAGAUUGCAACCUACAUCUCAAUCUCGUAAACUGACAGCAUUCCAGGCCUCUCUGUGAUUGUAUACGACAACGAUGAGAGAGGUGUAGCGCAUGACACCUCUGAUCAGCAGUGAGAGGUGGUGCGUGUAACCUGACUCCAUGCACCGCAGAAACAAGAUAAAAUCCUCAUCAGUAGCAGGUGUCUCGUGUCUUCGUCUCAUCUCUACCCAGAUUAAUUGUGACUCCAUCUUUUGUGCUUGACAGGAGGUGGCGUUGGGGGAAGCAUAUCGCAUAGCUGCCGCGAUUUGAAAAAAUUGUAGAAACUCGUAAGUGUGGGUUAAUUAAUUGCUGGUAAAGAUACGAAGCAGAUGAAGGUUUUGAAACAGAAUUGUGAUGUGACAGGAGUGUGGUUUCAGUCAGUGAUCAUCUGAGUCUUCGGCUUUCAUCACAUGUCUAUAGGAGGCUUGAGGUGGUAAUUCAUGGAAUUCCUUGAAUGUCUUUGGAUGUGAAAGAAUCGAUGAGGGAUUGAGACAGAGACCAAACAGCAUCACAUCAUUCCACACCUCAACGUGAAAGUGAGAGAACAGAGGCGAAAGAAUAAAACGAAGUCUCUGCAAACAAAGCCUGUUUUCUCCCCCAUCCUGGCUGGUCAGUGAAUCUCCGCGAGGCAAUCGGCAAAGCAUCCACUCCUAUCUAAUUCUGAUGCAAGGGACGGGACACUUGGUCAACACUGACCGCUGAGUCGUGCUCACUGGACCGACCGUGUUGGAAUUCAAGAUGGAAUUACCUCAGUGGCUCGGAGAUCUCUAGUUGGCUGUUUGGUUAGAGAUCAGAGUUUGCUGAUAAACACGAUUGACCGAUGGCAAGCAUGAAGGUGACAGAAGUUAUAGAGAUGGUGGUGGUUGGGACGGGAAGAAAGCGAUGGAAAAGAUGGAAGAGAUCUUGGUUUGUCCUGCGAGUCUUCUCUAUCUGUUUGAUGUUGCUUAUCGGUGAUGUCAUAGCAAACCUAGUCAAUACACCUGAGCCCAUAGAUGAUUUCUCAGUCAAGCUAGUCAACGGCUAUGUGACCAAUGCGGGUCUACUGCUCAUCUUCUACCAAGGCUCUUGGGGUACUGUCUGCAAUAACUCCUGGACGAUCACAGAAGCUGACAUCGUCUGCAGGCAAAUGGGCUACCCAGGUGCCGCUGUGGCUUCGCAUUCAGAACUCACCAUUCCACUCGGCAAAGAUGGCUACCCAACCCUUUUUGAGAAUUUUCAUUGUAGGACCAAUAGCACCCACCUCUCCAAUUGCCAAUUUGAGGAUUUCUCGAUGGAACGUGGCUGCCAAAGUGUGCAGUUAUUGUGUCAACUCCCGCAGCCAACAGACCCCCCACUAUACUCUUUACGACUACGCGAUGGUGAGAAACCAAGUGAGGGCAGGCUUGAGGUCUUUGUCCACGGCAUCUGGGGCACCGUCUGCAAGGAUAGGUUCUCCAAGACGGCUGCCUACGUAGCCUGCCGACAACUCGGCUACCCUUUCGCCUUGACCUACCUGCCAUCCUCUUCGUUUGGAUCCGGAUUCGGUCCGAUAAUCCUUGACGAUGUCCGUUGCAACGGGGACGAGAGGAGGCUAUGGGAUUGCCACCAUCGGAGUGCCUGGACACAUAACUGCAAUAAGAGAACAGAGGUCAUUGGGGUACGCUGUAGUAUGGAGACUUCUAUGCGAGCUGGUCAUGGUGUAAGAUUAGUACCUACCAAAGUGGGCCUGGUGGAAAUCUUCUAUGAAGGCAUUUGGUGGAACAUCUGUGCAGAUCCUCAGUGGGACAAACGAGAUGCCCUUGUGGCUUGUAGGCAACGUGGCUACCUGUCUGGGUUGCCACGUCGACAACCAUUCUGCCCGUGGAACAAGAUCAACUGUCAUUCAAAAUUUGGUGAAUUCAAGUGCAUAGGGACGGAAAGUUCCCUGGAGCAGUGUGAUUUCUCAACGGAAGAUUUUGAUAGUCCAUGGACUUGCCAUUAUGGCUUUGCAGCUGCAGAGUGCUCGAACAUUGAACCCGACGAAGAUUGGUGGUUGGCAGAUCAGAGCAAUUUAACAGACAUUCAUUUAGCAAAUUCCACGCUCAUACCAGUUAUUAAGAAGAAAAAAUUUGCAGAGGCUGAUGUAAGGUUAGCAGGGUCAGAUGAUGACCAUCAAGGUCGUGUUGAGAUCUACCAUGACAGUGACUGGUAUACAAUCUGCGAUGACCAGUGGGAUAUCAAAGAUGCAAGGGUGGUGUGUCGUCAGCUGGGAUUUCCCGAUGCCCUGCGCGCCCUGACCCAAGCCACGACCUUUGGCCCUGGCCUUGUCAACAUCCUCCUGGACAACGUGGACUGCAAGGGAGAUGAGCCAAACCUCCUGGAGUGUGAUCACAAUGAACUUCACAUCCAUGACUGCAUUCACAAUGAGGAUGCAGCGGUCAUCUGCAAGGCAGAAGGCACCAGCCUCAUCACUGCUGCAUCUGAUUCCUCAAGCCAGCUGCCACCGGGUGCAAUCAUCGCAAUAUCCAUGAUCUCUGCAUUUUCUUUUAUCAUCAUUGGUGGUGCCCUACUUCACUAUGCCUGUAAAUCCUGCGACCGUCGUAUCGAGGAAACCUCUUCCCCUCGGACGCGUUCCACCCCCAUGGUCGUCAUGAUGGUACACUCUGCGUCACGCUCUGGCAGGUCUAGCAAUGGAUUCCCGCACAACUCCCGGCGUUACGACGCCCUCCCCUUCACCAUCUGCUCCAGGACCUCCAUAGGGAGCAGCACCACCAGUCCCGUAUCGAGCCCGGUCUCACAGAAUGGAACUAUUUGCGAAGAGCUUGAGGCUCUGAGCGGGGGACCGCCUUCUUAUGAAAUUGUCUUGCGUCACCCAGAUGCCUUUGCCCAGAUGCUCCAAAGUGCGGAAAAUAUAGUGCCCCCGCCGCCGUCGUAUAAUAGAUGCAUCUCGCAACAAUGACGUAAGGUACUCAUCUGGUCAAUCAUUAUCAUCGUUCUCGCAUUAGUCACCUUGCCUUGGAUUCCACUUCUCGGCGGAUAAUGACACUCUAAUUUUUUCCAUUCCUUUCUUGUGUACCUGUCUUAUUGAUUGACUUGUUUUGAUUUAGUUAUAUAAUUAUGCUGCAAGGAGUUGUAUAUUAUUGAGAGUUUAGUGUGUGGUAAACAAAUUUCCUGUAAGGCUUAUCUGUCACUUUUUGACCUCUUUGACACCAACAGCACUCAUGCUUUCUUUGCUGUAAAAUGACCACCACUAUUCACAACAAAAAUAAAGAUGAGGGAUUUAGUGAUCCUCCUAUAGUGCAGUUCUUCUUGGAUGUUGCACAUUUGCUUUCACCCAUGGACUUCUGCUCUGUGUUAGAUGCACGACUUCUCAACUAGUUCAGACAUAGGACCAAGAGGACUUACCCUUACCUAAUUUAGGGGCUGUUUCCUGCUGCAAACAGGAACCAGCCAGUCCUUGUUCAACUGAAUUUUAAAAAAUGUACAAAAAAUGUAAACUUUUUCUCAGUGGUUUUACAAAAAACAGUUGAAACUUCUCAUGAGAAAGUGUGGAAUUACAGAAAUGAGUUCUAUGAAGAAGUCAAACAUUGAUUUGGCAUAUUUUAAUAAUAAUCCAGGUCACUUGUAAAAAAAAAUGCAUUUGGGCAAUUCCAUAAAAUGAUCAACCUUUUUGUACAAUCGACCACCAUUUUUUCAAGUCCUCCUUCCACAGUAUAAACUGACCAAGUCAUGGUCCCUUGAGAACAUUACAGACUGUCAAAAGAACAUGAAAGCAGAGACAGAACGCUUCAUGAAGGUCCCACAUAGAGGGGCUAGGACAUACAUAUUUAAUAGAAUUGCCCAUUUGCAAAUAGUUCUAAGUGAUUUUAACAACUUUGGUUAAAAGACAGAUCAUUUGAUAUCUAUGUAUAAAAUCAUUUUGAUCGGUACUCUUUUCCUGCUACCCAAUACUUUCCAAUUUAUACCAAAAGGACCACAUUGCUGUAGAAGUUGAAUCGGCAUUGUUCUGGUAAGGAAGCAUCAAAGCAAUUGAAUGAGUACUUCAUCUUUUAUUCUUUUCAUAUUUCACAUGAUGUUUUCAAUUUGUAUCUACCAUAGAAUCACUUUCUUUUAAUGAAUAUAUUAUUCAUUUCAUAUUUCCUCUCCUUGAUAAUUCAUCAUUCAGAAUAUCUUCCUUAUAUUUCAUUUUGAUUGGCCAGAUGAGUGGAAAAGUGAAACUUCUACUAAACAAAGAUUAUUACAAUUUUGAAAACUGUUUUAUAUAAAUGUGAUAUUUGGUGUUUUCUCAUACAUUUUCAAUGAUCAUGUGAAUAAAGUUUUUACAAUUUACAGACAGACUGAAUAGGACUAUGUAUAUACUCUUUAUGCAAGACUUAAUAUUUGUCACUAUAAUUUAUUGUUUUGUGUUGAAGUCAAGUUGGUCGAUAACUACUAUUUAAAGGCAAAAUAAUUAUCUACAUGACUACUGAAUUUGAAAAUUAUUGAAAAAAAGAUCAACUGUUUUAUUGUUUGUCCAAUCUAGUUGAAACUUUCACCUAUCUGCUUCUUUGAUUUUUCUUCUUUCUUUUAAAUAAUUUGUUUUAUUUGAGUUAAAUUCUGUUUUGAGUCUAGCAGCGAUGCCAAGGUUUUCACCUUUGACCCAACCAACUUGAACAGUCAGUUGAUAAUAUCAAUACUGUAAUAAAGACAAAUUGUAUGGCAUGUAUUUGGUUGUAAUAUGAGAAUUAAUGUUUAAUCACCAAAGGUACUUUGGAGUUUAUCCUCUUCAGUCUCUAUUAGUAACCCAUAGAGGUAUAAUGUCUCAUUUAAAGAGGCUUUUUUCUAUUUUUCCUGAUUUAUUUUUGAUAGGAUUAAAGGGAAAAUAUCUAUGAAUUAAAUAAAACUGGAAUGCAUUAUCUUGUGCUCAUUGCUAAUAAAUACAAACUUAAACUAAUGCUUACACUAUCUAAAUUUGCAACGCUUUGAAACGAUGGAUUUAUUUUUUAAAAUGCAAAUUGGCAAUUCUUAUGUUAGAUUUUGUAAUUUAUCAUUCAUUUUUAUUCAUCUUAUAUCCUCUUUUAUAACAAAAUACGAGGGGAUACAAAAAUUAUUUUGUGACAAUUGUGAGGAUUGAAUAAGUAAUUAAAGCUUUGGGAAAGCCGUACACCUCUAUGGGUUGAUUUUACCAGCAAUUCCAAUCUGUUCUUGUGAAGAUUGAAUUUAUUUAGCUGCUUAUUAUAUUUGUGGAUGCAUUCACUAUAGCCGUAUUGAAAUGUACUUAUUUCAUCAGCAUUAUGAAUAUUACAAUUUGUCGUACUGAGUCUGUUUUCAAUUAAAGUUGCAUUUAACAUGCUACUUUUAUUCAUGUUUUCACUAUUUAUUUGCACAUUUUGGCAAUGUACCUAAACUUUAGACCAUUACCACACCUGAAAUUUAUUUUUCAAGUUGACAACGAGGCCUUGGAACACAAAGCCUCGCUCUAGACUUUCGUGUCAAACAAAGAAUUACGAUUGAUCCAUUAACCUCAACUAUAUGAAAAUCCAUCAAUGUCAUAAUCUUUCAUACAGAAAAUUUGCACAAUGUCCUUAGUAAACAUAGAGGAGCAUCCUGAAUUGUCAAGACAAUGAGGAAUGUACGAGUAUACAUCUGUAUCUAGAAAAUAUUUUGAAUAAUACAUGCAUUUUAGAUGUUGACGUUGCUGGCUUUCCAUAGUUGAUUGGAUCAAUUGUAAAUCAUGGCACUAAGUCUGAUUAUUCUAUAUGGAACCCAAGCUGAGAAGGUUCUGAAAAUGACUACCCCCCCCCCCCCCCUCCCAUUGAAUUGUCAAUUAACUGCAACUUUAACAGAGAUGCUUUGGGAAUUCCUACAUGAAAGGCACAGCCUGAAUUUUGGUGUGGAAGAGAAUUUCUCUCUUUUUUUUUCUUCAAAGUAUGCUACAAACACUGACCAGAAGUGAUGUCAAAUUUGGAAAAAAAAAAAUCAGGGAGUUUAGUAAUGAAAGGUUUGUCUGUGAAUUUACCCCCAAGCCAAUCAAGCUGCAAGAUUUACAUUAGUUUACAAUAACAAUGAUAAUAACUGAUUAUUUUGUUUCAUGAAAUGCUCCCAUGCAUGUUUAAUUGUCUCUGGGAGGUGGAGAUGGUCUUCAUCUUUGUGUAAAAUGAUUGCAUAAGACCCUUCUUUUCCUGAUAAAUAAACAUUUUGGUGCUAUGUGAAUACUUUUUCUAUAUAUAUAUAUCUGUUUCAUCAUUGAUCCCGAGUUUAUCACAACUUGAAUUUGUGAACAAAGGAUAAAAGUAAUACUGAUUGUGAGAUUGUUCAAUAUAUUUCAUACCUUUCUGUGACAUUUCAUUUGCUAUUCUAAAGUGAGUUAGAAAAAUAUAUAAUGUAUUCUGUCAAUGUAGGUUUCACAAACAGACCUGGAAGAACUAAAAAGAGUAAAGUAGAAUUGGUACUUUUUAAAAUAUUUUUGUAAUUUUCAUUCCUGUUUGAAGAGAUGAUUGACUUAAAAACACUUGCCCUUGUCAGAAUUAAGGACUGAACAGCAGAGACAUUGUUCAGUCCUUGUUCUAUAUAUUCUCUUUACUUAUAUAUUUUGUACAACCAAUUAAUAUAAGGUUCAUAUAAAGUGAUGAUCAUGGAUGUGUAAUUAACUGGAUACUUAUCAUCCAUCAGUGAUAAUUGAAAAUGAAAACAAAAUUAUCAAACAAUACUAGAAUAUUUAUAUCAUUUGGUACACCCACACCAAAAUAUGAUAUGCCAUUUGAUAUGAUAUAAUACAUUUGAUUUGUCUGGAGUUGGUUUCGUUAAUGUGACUAGCAUAACUCUUGUGUCCUAUCCUCUUGUACUUAUAAUUCUGAAAUACUGUCAUGUGACCAGUACUCGUCAUGUGACCUUGAUUGUAAUUGUAUAUAACCAUGUGACACAUUCAAUCAUCUCAUUUUAUUUGCUGUACCACCGUGUUGUCUAUGAAUAAAUGCAAUAUGGAAACAUUUUA